AUGGACACAUUACAGGCAAUAACCCAUUCAAACCCGGUUGGUGGAAAUGGUGGUGCAAGCAAUAGCAACGGUGAAUUGAGAACACGAAGCGUUUCGUUUUCUAAAUUGAUAGCUAGGUCAUUUCGGAAACCCAGCGGGACAGAAAACGAUGCUGACUCAGGAGCCGGAUCAGCGUCUGUAUCGUUUAAUCAGCAACAACAGCAACAACAACGGCAAAAACAAAAUUUAGCAGUAUUGGACGACGAAAAUGGGGGUAAUUCUGCACAAAUUCCACAAGAUACAUCAAAGGAAACCACUCCGGACUCUCAACAGUCUGAAAAACUGUCCGUAAGGCUGCGGAAAAUGUUCAAGAAACCGUCGCCGGAAGUCACGUGCGAGGAGGAAGAGGAGUCAUCAGCAUCAUCACCACCAUCAAAAAACUCUUCUAAAGCACCAUUGACCUUUCCUGAAUCACCCUCUAUGGUACCCGCAAGCCGUCCGCUUGGUAAUGAAGGCUCUUACAAUGGGACCACAAGUCCCCGUCUCGAAUCGUCCAUCGGUAGAGCCAGGUCACCAUCUACGCCUAUCAUGACUAGCCACAUACCGGCUACAGGUAAUGGCUCGCACGGCAAUGUUAAGGGUCCCGUCACGGGCAUGGCUAGUCAAACAGGUGCAGUUGAUCGUCGCAAUACUCGGUCGGAUACAGUUCGCAGUAGCAACCCAUAUUUUGCAUGUCAGGGCCUUCCGCCUCAUGCAUAUUCUUCCCAGGAAUUUGAAUCCGCAAAUGUAUCCAGCAGUACGCGGCAUGAAGACUCGACUAUUUUGAUGACUCCGCCUGCUUCCAGCUCUACUGGUAUGACAUCCUAUUUCCAUAAUAGCUAUCACAAUGCCAGCAACAAAUCAUUAAACGACAUAAAUGAAAAUGAGGAAGUCGAGGUGUUCAAGUCUCAUGACCCAUCAGACCCAAAUUUGGGCGCUAAAAAUGCUCCAGAUAUUUUACCAACAAUGGCGGCUCCUUCGCCUUCUUAUGCCGGAUCAUCCCUAAGCCCUCAGUUAUUUCCGGAAAAUCCUGUCAUCGUUGUGGAACAAAACUACGACAUCUCACCCAAAUUGAACGAGAUGUCUCCAUUACCGUCUCCGAAAAUAAAUGCUGAAGCUCAAAAGCCUGUUUUAAGGAGAGUUGCAUCCGAGCCUAAUGCUUUACGAGCAGUGAAGGAGCAAACGCUUAAAGCUCCUAAUAAGACUACUAACGGUUCCACUUCAUUGUCAAACUCUGUCAAAACGUCGCCUAUAGCACCGUACGCGAUAGAAUUGGAAGAACCACAGCGCUCUCGCCGUUUGAGAAACAAAUCCUUUAGCAGCAAAUUCAAGGAAGUCAUAGUUGGGCCCACGUCUUUUGAAAAGAUCAAACUUUUAGGCCAAGGUGAUGUGGGAAAAGUAUACCUUGUCAAAGAACGAAAGACUAACAGGCUAUAUGCGCUCAAAAUUUUUAGCAAGGCGGAGAUGAUCAAAAGGAAAAAAAUCAAGAGGAUUUUGGCAGAACAGGAAAUCUUGGCCACUAGUAAUCACCCUUUUAUCGUGACCCUUUAUCAUUCAUUUCAAUCUGAAGAUUAUCUCUACCUUUGCAUGGAAUAUUGCAUGGGAGGAGAGUUUUUUCGUGCUCUACAGACAAGGAGAACAAAAUGCAUUGAAGAAGACGAAGCUCGUUUCUAUUCCAGCGAAGUGACGGCUGCUAUCGAAUAUCUGCAUUUGAUGGGCUUUAUUUAUCGUGAUCUGAAACCUGAGAACAUCCUUUUGCAUAAAUCUGGACACAUUAUGCUGUCAGAUUUCGACCUCUCCGUCCAGGCUAAAGAUACCAAGGAUCCAGUGGUGAAAGGUUCGGCUCAAAGUUCGUUGCUAGACACCAAGAUAUGUUCGGAUGGCUUCAGAACCAAUUCUUUCGUUGGUACUGAAGAAUAUCUAGCUCCUGAAGUCAUUAGAGGGAACGGUCACACUGCUGCUGUAGACUGGUGGACUCUUGGCAUUCUCAUUUACGAGAUGCUUUUCGGUUUCACUCCCUUCAAAGGCGACAACACUAACAAAACGUUUUCGAAUGUUCUGAAGAAUGAUGUAACGUUUCCUAACAAUAAUGAAAUCUCCAGAAGUUGCAAAGAUCUUAUCAGGAGACUUCUCAUCAAGAAUGAAAGUAAAAGACUGGGAUCUAAAUUUGGGGCUAGCGAUAUAAAGAAGCACCCAUUUUUUAAAAAGGUUCAGUGGUCACUUCUGAGAAAUCAGGAGCCACCUCUCAUUCCAGCACUUACUGAGAAUGGGUACGAUUUCACGAGAUUGACGAACAACUUUAAGGGAAAUGGGAAGGGAGAAGAUAAGAAUACAGUGGUAGAUGAAGUCUCUGAACAGGAAAAGAUCAUGUUUGAAGAAAAAGUAGAGCGAGAUGAUAUUGUUUCUGACGACGAUCCCUUUCAUGAUUUCAACUCCAUGAGUCUAAUGAAGCAGGAUAACAACUCUUUGAUCUACGGUGACCAAAAUUCUUACGGGAAAGUUUCUUAUACUCCGAAUCAGAAUCGAUCUAGAAGCAAUAGUCACCGCUUUUUCAAGCGAUGA